AUGGCUAAACGUAAAAGAGUAUGGUUACGAAAUCGAUAUUUGAUCGAGAAGAAGAGAGGAACCGAGAAGAAGAGAGCAAUAGAGAAGAAGAGAGGAACCAAGAAAAGAGCAAUCGAGAAGACAUUCGUGAUUCACCGAACCUUCUUAAAUCACAAGCAAUGGGUUGGAUUUUGUUCUGGAUUGACAGUGGAAAAGUAG